AUGCGUGUCUCCUGGAUCUCAUUGUUACCCGCCGUGGCGGCGAUUUCGGUACAGUCCUUUGAGGAUCUACUCGCCCGUCAACUGCCCAACCCGGCAACGGGAGUGAAAACCUUCAGAACGGCGAAUAAUGUCACAAUUCGGUAUAAAGAGCCCGGGAAAGAAGGCGUGUGCGAGACGACGCCCGGCGUCAAGUCGUACUCGGGUUAUGUCGACAUUUCCCCAACUGAACAUACCUUCUUCUGGUUCUUUGAGGCUCGACAUGAUCCUGAAAAUGCACCCAUCACGCUGUGGCUGAAUGGAGGCCCGGGGAGUGAUUCCCUGAUUGGCUUGUUCGAGGAACUGGGGCCUUGCCGCGUGAACAAGAACAAUGAAACCUAUAUCAACAAGCACUCUUGGAAUGAGGUUUCGAAUAUGCUCUUCCUGUCACAGCCGUUAGGCGUUGGCUUCUCGUACGCCGAGAAGGGCGCUGGCAGUUUGAAUCCAAUUACGGGCUCCUUUGAAGACGGCGACGUGGCGGGUGUCGACGGCCGUUAUCCGAUCAUCAACGCCACUGCCAUCGAUACGACGGAAGUGGCUGCCAAAGCGACCUGGGAAGUCCUGCAGGGAUUCCUCGGUGGGCUGCCCAAGUUAGACUCGAAGAUCAAGUCAAAGAGCUUCAACUUGUGGACUGAAAGCUACGGAGGACACUAUGGCCCUGCUUUCUUCGACCACUUCUACCGAGAGAACCAGAAGAUUGCCAAUGGAACCCAGGAGGGCAUCCAGCUUGACUUCAACACCCUGGGCAUCAUCAACGGCAUCAUCGACGAAGGAAUCCAAGCUCCCCACUACCCCGAGUUUGCAGUCAACAACACCUAUGGCAUCAAGGCCAUCAACGACACAGUCUACAACUACAUGAAGUUCGCCAACGAGAUGCCUAACGGCUGCCAGGACCAAGUCUUGACCUGCAAAUUGACAAACCGCACAUCUCUAUCCGACCAUGCUCUCUGCACCGAAGCGACAAACAUGUGUCGGGAUAACGUCGGCACCCCAUACUACGCCUUCAGCGGCCGUGGCACCUACGACAUCCGCCAUCCGCGCAACGACCCAACCCCAGAACCCUACUACCAGAACUACCUCGCGAAAGACGAGGUACUCAACGCCCUCGGCGUCGACCUCAACUACACCCAAUCCAACAACGAAGUCUACUUCGCCUUCCAGCAGACCGGCGACUUCGUCUGGCCCAACUUCCUCGAAGACCUGGAAGAUAUCCUCGCGCGACCGGUGCGCGUCGCCCUCAUCUACGGUGACGCGGAUUACAUCUGUAACUGGUUUGGCGGAGAGGCAGUCUCCCUGGCCACGAAGUACAAGCACAGCAAGCAGUUCCGCGAAGCGGGAUAUGCGCCUUUCCUGGUCGAUGGCAUCGAGUACGGUGAGACGAGGGAGUAUGGCAAUUUCUCCUUUACGCGCGUCUACGAGGCCGGUCAUGAGGUUCCGUACUAUCAGCCCGAGGCUUCGUUGCAGUUGUUCAACCGGACGUUGUUUGGGUGGGAGUUACCUGAGGGCCAGAAGAAGCUGAAGGUGGAUUUCGGCUCCGAGGGUCCUAGUGAGGCGACUCAUACACAGUCUUCGGUGCCGUUGCCGACGGCUACGAAGGGUUGA